CUCCAUUGUUUUCGUGCGCAUUCCUGUCCUCACAGCAGGGCGCUCAGGCUCCAGCCCUCACAUUGGCUGAGCGCAGAGCUCAACUCCGUCUGGCUGCCUUGUAUUUUUAGGUCGCAGGGUAGUGAGCAGUGCGCUGGGGGGGAAAUUGCAGCACCAUCGUCAGCAUCCAGCUUCGGAUUGGAUGUAAGACGCAGCUGCGUGAGCGCAGAGGCAGUGCGGUGGGGAUCCAGCUGUGGGGAUCAGGACAGACAGACAGCUGUGGGGAUCAGAACAGUACCGAGGACUGUGUGUGGAAAUGGCCAGCGCUGCUGAAGAGGGUUCCAGUCCCGGGCCGGAGCACCACGAAGCCACCGAGUGCAGCUCAGGACCAGCUUUUCAGGAGGCGCAGAAAUGGAUAGAGGCAGUGACAGGGAGAACAUUUGGUGAGAAGGAUUUCAGAAGCAGCCUGGAGAAUGGUAUUCUACUUUGCGAGUUGCUGAGUUCCAUCAAACCAGGACUUGUAAAGAAGAUUAACAGACUGCCAACCCCCAUUGCAGGACUGGAUAAUCUCACCAUGUUCCUGAGGGGAUGUGAGGAGUUGGGACUAAAGGGAUCACAACUGUUCGACCCAGGAGACCUGCAGGACAUGUCUAUACGCGCCAACCUAACGUUUACCGUCCAAACGAGAUCACAUGGGAUUACCUUUUACAGGGAUUCAGAUUGCAGUCGGAAGCUGAAGAAUGUGCUGAUCACUAUUUACUGGUUGGGCAAAGCUGUAAAUGGUUAUGCAUCAUAUAGUGGUCCAACGCUUGACCUAAAAGAGUUUGAAGGCCUUUUGUCCAUGAUGAGGAAGGAGUGUGUGAAUGAGGAGCCUGACUCCCCUAAGCGCAGUGUACGGGACAGCGGAUGCGUGGACAAUUGGGAGUCGGAACACUCUGAUUCGUUGUCACCUCCGAGACAUAGACGAGAGGAUUCCUUUGACAGUCUGGACUCCUUCAGCUCUCAGUCACAGCCCACACCUUCUUCUGAUACUGUGGUCCGUGCUAACAGUGAUGAUUUGGAGGGAGAUCACAGGAAGCUGCCAGAUGUGCGAAAGGAUGACAUGUCCGCCCGCCGUGUCUCCUAUAAAGAGCCCCGUGCUGUGCUGCCUUUUAACCAGUACCUCCCCAACAAGAGUAAUCAAAGCACCUAUGUGCCUGCUCAGCUGAAGAAGAGGAGGAGCGAACUUGAAGAAGAACAAAGGAGUGGCAGCAACUCCACGUCCCCCAUUAGAGAGGAGUGUGUUGGCAUUUCGAGCGAGACGCCUCUUGUCCUCAGUUCCCAGAAAACUGUGACCUGGGCAGUUGUGGGAGAGGCAGAGCCUCAGCUGGAUGAGGCAGAACUAAAGAAGAUGAAAAAGUUAGAGAAGGCGGGUAUUAAAGUGUUGCCUGCACAUGUGCGAUACAGCAGUCCUAAGGUGACCACUGUAGAGCUCGAUCAGGGUAAAUCUCCGUCUCCUGACAUCAUCCCUCAAUGUGAUAACGACUUCCUGCGGGCUGAACACACCCAUGAGAGGGACAAAGAGGAUGAUGAGGACAAGGAAGGAGAUAGAAAGGUCCCAGAUAUCCAAAAGGACGACCUUGCUUCCCGGAGGGCGCGCAUGAAUCAACCAAAACGCAGUGUCGCGCAUCAGUUCCUGCCAAGCUCGUGCAGCAGGAAGGACCGCGAGCGUUGGGAGGGAAUCCGGCUUUCCUCCCAGCAUGCUAUGUUGGAGAUGUUGGAGAAAAUGGAGCAGGAGAAGAAGAGUGAAUCUGACACCACCUCCACUGACGUGUCGAUUGUAACUCGCAAGGACAACCCCUUCCUAAGCGCCCACAGGAAAAAGAAGGGUGAGGAGGACAAGAGUGAUGAUGAGGAGGACACAGGGAAGUCAGUCAUCCCAAACAUACAGAAGGAUGAUCUUGCCAGGAGGCGAACGCAAAUUGGGUCCCUCCCACAAAGGGAUUUUCGCCAAUCAUUGGUCCAGACAAGUAUCACUCAGUCAGAUCUUGAGAAGUGGCAGAGACUUUCAAUGACCAUUGAAAACAGUGAGGACGCUCCAGUUGAAGUGUCAGUCAUAACUCGUAAGGACAACCCCUUCUUGAGCACCGAGAAAGCAAGACAGAAAGAAGAUGAUGAGGAUGAUCAGAGUGAGACAGAGGGAGGCAGACAGGCUGCUUUGCCUAAUAUACAGAAAGAUGAUCUGGCUAGGAGGCGGGGUCAGACUGGGCUCCUCCCACAUCGGGAUCAUCAGCAGUCAUUGGCUCAGGCGGCCAUGACGCAGUCAGACCUGGAGAAGUGGCAGAGACUGCAGAUGAGCACAGAGAACAGCUCAAGCACACCAACCUCACCCCUCAAGUCCUCGCAGCGUUCUCUUUCUGACCCCAAACACCCUUUGACCCUUGCUGAGCGUGAAGCACUUGAGCUGCGGCUGGCUGAGAAGGCGAGGGAUGAGAAGGAGUAUGAGGAACAGGAAGAGGCGGAAGAGAAAGAAAGACAGCCUGACUUAAAGAAGGAUGACAUGAUGGCCCGGCGGACUGGAGUGUUUCAGAAAGCGAGUGUAAAAGUGCAUAAUCAGUUCCUCCCAAUGCCUCGCUCUAAGAAAGAAACACAUCCAGAUGAAUUGGUUCAGAAAGACAGCAAGAGUGUAUCCAGAGAUCCGUUCUUGGAUAGAAACAUAAAAACAAAGCGAUUCAAAGUGGGACAAAGAGUUGAACAUGUAAAACCUGAGCCAAAGGUCCCAUCAUCUGCCACUCAAAAGGAGCCAGAAGUUCUUGGUUCAAUUUUGAUCCAUGCUGAGGUUCACUGUGACAGUUACAAUUAUCCUGAUAAUGAUGAUGAGUACAAUAAUAGAAGUCCUCUCCCUAACUUGGAUAAAGAUGACAUGCUUGCAAGGAAGACAGGCUCAUACCAAAAACCAAGUGGGAAUCAGUUUAAUGCCUUUCUGCCUAAACCUGGAGGUGUCAAUGGCAAAAAGAAGUCUGUGAGUGGGCAAUGCCAGUCAAACCUCAAAACCAGUGGACAAGAAAAGAAAAACACUCAGGAGAGUAACCAUGGCUACAAUCUCAGCCCCACCCCUAGAUCUGUGACCCCGCCCCCAGCAGAUGUUGAUGACAUUCCCAGAAAAUGCCCUCAAAUUCUGGAUGUACAGAAAGCAGACACUGUGGGCAUGAUGGAUGGGGAAAUUGAUGUUGUGGGCGGGGCCCAGGCACAAAGCCCUUUACCUUUACCUGACCCUGAUACACAGCACACGUGUUGCUUAGAUGAUGAUGUUUUCCCCCUGACAUUCAGUCACAAGGCUUCUAGUGUUUCUGAUGAAACCGAAAGCAUCAGUUUGAUUGACAUGCGUGACGAAGAGGAGGAUGUGGACUCGCUGUCACCACAUGGCCAAACACGACACGAGAGGCUGCACAACCAGUACAACAAACUCAAAGAGGAGGAAGACCAUUGGCAGGAUGAUCUAGCUCGGUGGAAGAAUCGAAGACGCAGUGCCUCUCAGGACCUGAUCAGGAAAGAGGAAGAGAGGAAGAUGAUGGAAAAACUGAUGACCUCGGAGGGAGGUUCUCAUCGCAGGAAGAGCAUCAAAACUUACAAAGAGAUUGUUGAGGAGAAGGAGCGUCGAGAGCAAGAGCUGCACGAGUUAUACUGCCAAGCCUCGACUCCUGAAGAGAAAGCAGCCAUAUUGCAGCGCUAUGCUCUCCGUUUCACCAUCAGCGACGCCAUAUUGGAGAAACUCCAGCUUCCAAAACUCCCUUCUGUCGCAAAACUCCAAUCUGCAUACACCCUGAGCGAAGAAGCCGAAAUUUCCGAGUCUCCAUCACUCACUGAAAUAGAAACAGAUUCCAGUAGCCAGUAUCUUAAAGAGAUAACACACACUGUAAUGCACAGCCACAUCAACUCUCCAGAUUUAUCACCUAUCCAAGACUCCAAAACUCCAGAAAUUCCCCUCUCACCAGCACGAGACUCCAACACUCCAGAAGUCCAACUUUCUCCAGCACGAGACUCCAACACUCCAGAAGUCCAACUUUCUCCAGCACGAGACUCCAACACUCCAGAAGCCCAACUUUCUCCAGCACGAGACUCCAACACUCCAGAAGUCCAACUUUCUCCAGUCCGAGACUCCAACAGUCCAGAAGUCCCACUGUCUUCAGUACAAGAAUCCAAAACUCCAGACGUCUCCUUCUCACCUUCCUGUGACUCCAAAAUCUUAGAAGCCCCUAUUUCUCCUAUCAGAACAAUCAAAACUCCUGAGGUUUCUGUCUCGCCUGUUCGGAUACCCCCUGCGCCAUCCAGACCUGUGCCAUUACUAACACCGAAACCAUACAGCCAGCCCAAAUUUAAUCAGGCUUCUUUUAAGCAAGUUAAGACUGAUGGACUGAUGCGUGUGAACGGUGACUCCAUUGUCGAGGACACAAGAGAGAGUCCGGUGAGACCGGUUUCCUUCACCCCAACACCACCAAAACCAGCAAGUCAGAGUCCUCCGCAAAUGUCAGAAAUCUCAGCAGGAAGUGAAACCACAGUGCAGGAGUGCACUCAGACCCCACCUGUUCAAAAAACCGAACAUGUUAAAGAAGAGAACAACAGUCACGGCAGUCCUCUUAAAAGGAGUAGUACAGAGGACAAGACUUCCAAAACUCUCAUGGAUUCAGAAAUAACAGAGAAACAGACAAUCCCUGAUACAGCAGUGAAGCACAACUGUGUGGUGAAGACGACCAUUGUGACAGAGCUUCGAGAAACACACUCACUCCCUACAACAGAUGCUCCUAUUGCUGACCAGAUGAGCUGUUCUGAUGGAUUAGGCCAGAAAUCAGAUGAGAUUUCCUUCACUGAGUCCAGAAAGGCUGAUAUUACGUCUUACUCAGAGGGAUUUGACUUCACCAGUGAAUGUAUCGAAACCCCAAUCUUGAACCUUGCAAAGAGGGUCAAUCACUGGACUUGGGACCCUAACGAAGAGCGUAAACGGCAGGAGAGGUGGCAGCAGGAGCAGGAGCGCCUGCUACAGGAGAAGUAUCAGCAGGAACAGGAGAGACUGAAGCAGGAGUGGGAGAAAGCUCAGCGCGAGGUUGAAGAAGAAGAAAGGAAACACCAUGAAGAGGAGCAACGGAUCUUGGAGGAAACGGUGACCCCACUGACCCCACACUCAUCCUCUGGUGUGACAGAAGCUCCACCUACUUCCACAGUCCCUCAUAACACCAUUGUGUUGUCAUUGGCUGACUGGGAGAGGAAGCAGGAAAUGCUGGAGAAAGACACCAAGGUGAACCAGAGAAAUGGUUUAGAACAGAGGUCUGAUGAAACAGAAGCAGCGUCGCCUCCACAACAGAACGAUGAAAGAGCAGAACAUCAGGAGAAUCAGUCAGCUACACCACAGCUGCAGUUCACAGAGGAUGAGUCUCGGAGCUGCAAAUCAGAGAGCAGACAAGAGUGGAAAAAAACAGCCUCCCUGGACCGGAAUGUGAGCCUUUCACAGAAUCAGCCUCCCAGGAUGAGGAGGUCUGGGUCGUACGAACACAUUUUAGGGAUACACACAUCUCCAUCAUCACUAGACACAUCAUCCUCAUCUUCAGACAGGUCAGUGAGUGCAAAGAGGCUGUGCUCCAGCUGUGCACAGCCACUGGGGAAAGGAGCCGCGAUGAUCAUCGACACUUUGGGCCUUUGCUUCCACGUCCAGUGUUUUAAGUGCGGUGUGUGUAAAGGGCUGCUUGGUGACACGAGCACAGGAACCGAUGUCCGGAUCCGGAACGGUGUUCUCAACUGUCAUUCAUGCUACAUGAAAUCACGUGCUGCUGGUCAACCCACUACGUUAUAAAGCCUUUUUGCACCCAGAUUGAAGAGGAACUGGAACAUUUGCCAAGCCCAUAGGAACCUGGGCCAUCGUCAUGAAGAACACUUCAUUAUACAUAAUUCAUAAUUAUAUUUCAUAACAUCUCAAAAAAAAAAAAGAGCACAAAUCUCCUUUUGAUAAAACCGGAAUGUUGUGGGGUAUUUGGAUUAUAUUUCUGUGUAAAGCUUCGUAUUUCUGUGACAAAAGUCUUCUAAUGGCAAUAAUUCUCAUCACCACAUGCAUGAGCAUGCACUGCAAUUAACAAAUAUUAAAAAGUCGUUAGCUUAAUGUACAAAGUGGAGCGUUCCACUUGCAGAACUUGGGUAGAUAAAUUAGCGAUAAAAACACUGACCUGUUUGUUUGUUUGUUUUUUAAACUAAAUCCCAUUAUCUAACAGCGUGAUUGAGACGUUACCCGUUACCUGAAAGACGUGGCUGUUGCAUAUUUACAUCAGCGGUUUUGCACUUUAGUCUUUUUAUCUACAAACAUUCAGCCACUGAUGACAAACAUUUCGGAGGAAAUACAAAGAUAAGCGUGGUAAGCAAUGAUUAUUUAAACCUUUAUCUGUUUUGCUUGGAAAUGUAGAAAGUCAGAGAAUCUUUCAAACCUACUUGGCUUCCUAUCAGACCUCAAGUGCAUUAUCUAGACCCUUUUUAUUACCUAUAUAGUGCACUUAUCGGGCAUAGGAGGUCAUUUAAGAUGCACCUUGAAAUUUUAUGGCUGAGUCCCAAACGGCUCCCUGUUGCACAUACGGUAUAGUGCACUAUCAAGCAUGUAGUGAGUUAUUUGGGGUUAAUUUCUGAAUCUUUUUUUGUGCCUGCAAAUUUGAGUUUAUUUUGCUCUAUAUGGCCAUAAUCGAAGGCACAAUAUGCUGCAUUAUUCUGUGAGUGAAUAAAAAGAAAAGUGCAACAGAUCUCCUUAAAGAACAUAAAGCACUGCAAAAGGUAUAGAAGCCAGAAUUUCAUACCCUAUACACUAUGUAGUGCACUUAUAUACUGUAGGUAUUGAAAAGCCUUUUGGGAUUCAGCCAGAGACUGAAUGGUUUUAAAAAUGUAUUUGUUUGUUAUCUCAAGGUUUUAAUAAGUGAAUUGUAGUGUUGAGCUGUUUUUGAAUAUUUCCUCUUCAUUUUUAUUUCUAUUUAUGUUCUCGUUUAUCAUCUUAUUUUGCUCAAAUGUUAGUUUGCUGUUUUGUUGUUGUUGUUUUUUUAAAUGCAUGAUGUUUG